AUGUUAUUUUCAUUAGGUGAUCAAAUAUAUUAUGAAUGGUUAAGUGACGGAGUUUUACGAUCAAAAAUGGAAAAUUAUAUAAUUAUUAUUAAAUCAAUUGAAUAUCCUCCACUUCUUAUUGAUCCAUUUGGACAGUAUGAUCAAUGGAUGGAAAAAUAUUAUAAUCUUCAAAAAAUUCAUUUUGAUAAUCAAUCAAAACAUGAUGUUGUAAUGUCAAUUGAACAAUCAUUUUUAUCUGGUUCAAAAAUUUAUAUAAAAAAUUGUAAUACAUUAGAUAGUCUUCUUUAUCCAUUAGCACAAUGA